AGUGUGUGUGAGAGAGAGAGAGAGAGAGAGAGAGAGAUGUGUGUGUGUAGGAAUGGUCUCAUCAGUGGGAGCUGUAAGAGGCGCGAGAGCGGCGGAGCAUCCUGAUGGGAGAGGGAGGAUCUGGGAACUGGUGGAGACGGAGGAAUAAACUGGUUAUUGAGGAGCUGAGGGAAGAUACUGGGCUGAAUGUUGGGGUUUUAAACUAAACCUGGAUUAAAGGAAUAAAAAAAAGGAAACGCCGGCAGGAAAGGUGCUGUCAAUCCUUAAUGAAUGAUGCUUAUUCCACUUCUCAUCUGCUUGAGUUUGUUCGUGAGUUCCGCUAUCUGUGAAAAAGGCAUUCAUGGGUUUCAUUUUGGAGAAUGGAACGAGUCUCAGCUGCAGCCCACCAUCCAGAAACUGAUGAAAGGCUACAAUCGCUACCUCAGGCCCAAUUUCAACGGUGGUCCAGUUGAGAUCGGAAUGAGUCUGGAUAUCGCCAGCAUUGAUGCCAUCUCUGAGAUCAAUAUGGACUACACAGCUACGAUAUUCCUGAGGCAGCGCUGGCGGGACUCGCGGUUAAUAUUCCCCGGAAAUGAAAGCUUAAGCCUGGACGGACGGCUGGUUUCCCUGCUUUGGAUUCCUGAUACCUUCAUUCCUGACUCGAAGAGAUCCUUCCUGCACGACGUCACUGUAGACAACCGGCUCAUCCGGAUCUUCAGCAACGGCACCGUACUCUACGCUCUCCGUAUCACAGCUACCAUUGCCUGCAACAUGGAUCUUACCAAAUACCCGAUGGACAGACAAGUGUGUACCCUGCAGCUGGAGAGCUGGGGCUAUAAUCUGCAGGACGUGGUGUUUUACUGGACUCGAGGGAAUGACUCUGUGAAGGGUUUGGACACACUCCGUCUGGCUCAGUACAGCGUAGAGAGCUAUCACACCACUGUGUCUGAGGCCGUGUAUGAAACAGGUUCUUACCCGAAGCUGGUGCUGCACUUCUCUCUGCGGAGAAACGUUCUGUUCUUUAUCCUGGAGACGUACGUCCCGUCCACCCUGCUGGUGGUUCUGUCCUGGGUGUCUUUCUGGAUCAGCCAGUCCUCAGUUCCUGCUCGAACCUGUAUAGGAGUGACCACAGUUCUGACGAUGACGACUCUGAUGAUGGGUGCCAGGACAUCACUGCCCAACGCCAACUGCUUCAUCAAGGCCAUAGAUGUCUAUCUUGGUAUUUGCUUCACCUUCAUCUUCGGAGCUCUGCUGGAGUACGCCUGUGCACAUUUCUGCACCAUGCAGCACCAAACUAUUCUAGAUGUACAGAGGGAGCUUCUGAAGGAGUUUGAGGAGUCGAAUGGAAACGGCACCAUCCAAUUAGUGACGUCCACCACACCCAACAAAGCCCUGAGCAAAGAAACACAGCCAGAGAUGAGCGAGCAGUCUGUGCAGUCUGUGCAGUCUGAGGGAGACGAGCAAACAGAGAAUAAGCAGGGGAACGGCUGUGGUCUGUCCUCGGUGAAGCAGGCGUCGCGCAGGGCGGCGUCCAUGAUGAGCGUGGAGAACCCCCACAACAUCGACCGCCACUCCCGCACCCUGUUCCCUGUGGCGUUUCUCCUGGUCAACAUCUUAUACUGGCUGUAUUACCUUUUCAUCUAAUCAAACAGACGCACUGGACUCAUCUACGCACAAUGGCCUAGUGAACCCGGCGACUCCGAGGACUAAACUCACGACUGAAAACACUCUUUAAGUCUUUAAGUGCCCUGUAAUGCUGAACUGGACCAGCAGUCCAUUCAAACAACAGACGACGACAACGUAGACAACAGAUCACACAAAUCAAACACAAGCACAAAGGAAAAAAUUCAGUGACUAUUCAGUAUUUUUGUUGUUGUUGGCUUCCAUAUAAUAUAUAUAUAUAAUGGCCUUCAUGUUUCUACAUCGUUAAAAAUGUAUACAGUUAUUUAUUUAUUUAUUUAUUUAUUGCAAGAUUGAGCAUAGGGAAUCUGAUUGUUAUUGGCUGAUAAAUUCCAUGUGUAUGCUGUUUGUGCACUUCUGUAUAGGCUGCAAUAUGAUUCAUUUAUUAAUACUUAUUAAACUAUCAAUCGAC